CCUCAGGGGAGGUUGUAUUGAUGCUAGCCCCACGAUGACACGGCUCGGAGUGAAGUCCGGCAGGCACGAAGACACCUCGACACCUCGCAACGUCAUCGGCCAAGACAACCUUACACCUUCAAAUCCACUCCAACCUCAUCGAGGAACCCGAAGACAUCGCUCCAAAUUAUGACGCUCUCAAGUAGCCUACCAAUUCUGCGGUGUGUGGGGAUCAUCGUGCAGGUAUGAGUUAAAAGAUGACGGGCCGCAAGCCAGAACCCGAGCGUCGGAUUCUAUCAAGACCUAUGUUUCGUGGACUAAGGCGUUAGGAAAUCCAUCCAUUAUGCUCCUUUCACAUAUCCUGCCGGUCACAGCGUCUUUGCUGUCUUUCGCGACUGCUCAGAAUGGCACAGCACCUCUCGCGAACGCGUCUAUGCCAACGAUACCCACCAAUGGCGCUGAACUCGUUUCAUCAGGUCAAAACUACUCUGGCAAUAUCGAGCCAAUCCCAUGGUCCACUCGUCCUGAAGUAUACGAUCACACUGGAAACGCUGUGCGACAUGGUCGAGCACGUCUUAACAUGAUCAAGAUGCAUUAUUACACAACUGGAUCAGGGCCGCCACUGCUGCUUGUGCACGGCACACCGAAGACAAACUACUACUGGUAUAAGCUAGUACCAUUACUAAGCCAGCACUUUACGAUUGUGGCACCCGAUCUAAGAGGAUUUGGGUACACGGACAAGCCAGGAGCGGAGAUGGGCUACGACAGUCGGAAGAAUGCAAAGGACCUUGCGGACCUGAUGACCAUGCUCGGAUACAACACUUUUUACGUUCACGGCGAAGACCGUGGUGCAGAGUUUUCAUAUGUUCUUGCAGCCGAUUACCGCAACCGCGUGCUCGCACUUUCUUUCGGUGAGAUGCUGCUAUCUGGUUUUGGGCUUGACAAUGCAUCGCAAUUCACCGAGUCAAAUGUCAUGCUUCAGUACGAGCAACGCGGCGUCUGGACUUGGCACAUUCCGUUCUUCUAUCAGAUCGACAUCGCGACUAUGUUAAUCACUGGUAAAGAGGAAGAGUUCUGGACGUUCUUCAUGGAGGCUGAGUGCUACAACCCGAUCGCGCUUAGUCGACAGGCGAUUGUUGAGUGGACUGGUGCGGCGAAGAGCCCGGGUGGUCUGAGAGGUAUUCUAGAGACCUACAGGGCGGGCUUGGUGAACGGACAAAUCAACCGUGAGCUUGUGCAGAACAAGCUUCCCAUGCCAGUCAUGACGAUUGGUUCACCGGAGUUCUUUGGCUACCUCGUGAAGCCAGAGAUGGAGAUGGCAGCCAACAAUGUGACGCAGAGCUACAUCUUCGAGGAGUGCGGUCACAGUCUGGCUUUGGAGGCUGAAGUGAGGUUGGCAGAUGCAUUAUUGGGGUUCUUCGGCCAAUGAAUGCGUCCGUUCAGUCAUAUCGACCAGCGUUAUUUUUGCACACCCGAUUAUUGCACUGAUCGUAACAAGACUGACAAAUGACAAGCCUAGCUGGAC